AUGGAUCCCAACAUGCAAGACAUGAUCUCUUCGUACCUUGAAAUCAAGAACCUGGUGGACGACGGGGAAAUAGAAACCACUUCCGAUGAAGAGGAGGAAAAGGUGAGGUUUGUGGAGGCCCAGCUGAAGAGGAAAAAACAGAGCCUCGAUGAUGGUGGCUCCGGGAGGAGGGCCGGCGGUGGAGCGGCGGCGGCGGCGGCGCCGCCUCUUUGCGUGGUGGAGGAAUGUGGGGCGGGGCUAGAGGGGUUCAAGAAGUACUACCAAAGGCACAGGGUUUGUGUGGUCCACUCAAAGUCCCCUGUUGUGUUGGUUGAUGGCUUGAGGCAGAGGUUUUGUCAGCAGUGUAGCAGGUUUCACGAGCUGUCCGAGUUCGACAGCACAAAGAGGAGCUGCCGUAGGCGCCUGGUGGGCCACAACCUUCGCCGCAGGAAGAGCCCACUCGAGGCCCAGAAAGCCAGCCCGGCCCAAAGGUUCAAAGAAAGCCAGUACUGAAGAUUCAAAAAUCUGGAGACUCAAAAAUGAUCAGCUAGCACUGCUUACUCUUUUCUGUCAUGAAAAAAUUGAACUUAAAAAUGGCUCCUGUUUUUCUUCCAUGCAGACAAUUCAACAUUCCUCUACGUGUUUUUGAGCUUCAUUUCCUAAUGUGGAUGGCAUGUUUAAUUAAG